AUGACGAAGUCUCGCGUUUUUGGUUGCGUCGACACGUCGGGCGCCGGCAAAACCAAGAUGGCCUUCUCGCCAGCCCUCACCAAUCAGGCUCAUGUUGUCUACAUCCGCCUUGCCGAUACUCGCGUAGGCGCACUUCUCCCACCUGUUAGCAAGUUGCGCGAUGAGCUGGUAUCAUUGCACACUCGUCUGAUCGAGCGUGUCAGGCAGGAUGGCGCGGCGGCAUGCGACAUCCCCACCGCCAAGCUUGCUCUUGAUCUCGUCCGCGAGUUUGUAUGCAGCUACUACGAUAUCUUGAUCGAGGCCGAUGAAGCUUGCGAGCCGGCGACUAUCGAGGAACAGCGUCGACUCUGGGUUGCAAUUCUUGAAAAUGGCUUUCCGCUCGACCGACUCAGCACGCGAGUUUCUGAGCGGCUCGCAGCGCGACUUUCGCCAAACUUUUCAGGCAACACCCAGACGGCCAUGCUCGCUUUAGAAACCAAGCUCCGCGAACGCAUCUCUCGGCUCGGCGUUGAUGGCAGCCAAGCGCCACUGAUCCUCUUCAUGGACGAGCUCAAUGCUGCCAAAGAUAUCUGUCCAGGUUUGUGGUUUCACAUGGACGAGCUCAAGAACGGUUCGCACAAGCACCGAUUGUACGAGCUGUCACCCAGUUCAAGCUCUCCUGACACCAACAAGCAGCAACCAUCUGAUCUCUACUACGCCAUCCGUCUCGUUCUCUCUGAAGUAGCCACGCGCGCUGUUGGCGCUGUGUAUGCCGGCACACACCUCUGGUUGCACGACGAUCUUCGCCUUGGUAACUCGAUCAGCCCGCUCAACUCGCAGCUGUUCAAAUGGCGCGAAUUCCACGCCAUGCGACCCAGCGACAUGCUUGAUUUUCUCGGUCUGUACUUUGACGGCAUUCCCGUUCCGAGCCAUGCGAGCCAAGAACGUGAUGUCUGUCUCGCGGCACUUACCCCGCUUCAAGGCCGUCCGCACUUUUUCUUCAUGACCUUCUUAGACGUCUUCCUUGAUCAUGUGAAGAACGCCAACAACACCGAGGAGAUGGUCGCAAUGAUUCGUGAGACUGCCAGAAAGGCUGCAACUUCGGUCUCUUCUCAGGUGCGCGAUCGGGUCCGUACUGACUGGCGCAAGCACACACAAACACCGAGCCCUUUCGUGCCCACAAGCAUCGCAGCCAACGUUCGUCAAAUGUAUCUGUGCGCUCGUUUAUCCAACGGCGUGCUGCCAUUCACCGCGCCUCAGCUUGCCGACAUGCUGUCUGUCGGUGUCCUCUUCUUUGGCUCUGAUCAAUCUUCAUACAACUUGCGCGCUGAGCCUUUGACUUUCCAAACUCUUCUAGAGGAAGGCGACGCCGCCUUGCAGUGUGAGGACUUUACUACUCUGAUCGAUCGCGCUCCCACUUCUCUUGGUGAAAGGACCGAGUUGAAGGUCGCUUGGCAUUUUGUUCGCCAAGUGGUGCUCGCUGGCGCUCGAGAAGUUCUGAUGUUCGAGGCUGUCAAAGAACUCCUUCCUCGAGGGUAUGCUCUUCCUGGCGCCGUGUCCCGGAUCAUACUCACCGCCUCGACAGCCGUCGCUUCUCCACUGUCCGCGACCACCGUCGACGAAAUCCGCGCCUCAAACCAUGUGUUGCAUACUCUCCCACAACCUUUUGGCCCCGAUAUCAUUGUUCCCGGUCAAACGUAUGAUUCGAAUAGCAUACUCGCCAUUCAGUGCAAGAGCGGUACAGCCAAUGGUGGUGAUGCUUCGGUUACGCCUGGUUGGAUCUAUGCUGCUCGCGACAGUGCCACUCGAUCCAGUUUCCAUCGGACCGCUUUACGUGGAUCGGUUCGCCCAGACCGGGCCGCGUUCGCUCCACUCUUCCGCGAGGAGGUCAGCAGCGGGGUGCGCCGCGACGCUCGAUGGGUGCGCUGCGUGUACACGCUAGGACGUUUCUCCGACCAGCUGGUGCAGCGAAUCAACGCGUGGAAUCGUGCAUGUGCUUCCGCUGCCCCUUUUUCUUGCAUCCUGCUCCUUCAAGGCAACGACGAAAACGCGCCGAGCGUCAACAGCUUGGUUUCGGACGACGACCUCAAGUUCCUCACAAUCGACCAGGUCGAUGCAGUUUGUUCCGGGAACCCCGCGGCGGCGCCACAAGAAGACUUGAGAGCAGCAAAUGCCCGGCUUGUCCAAGAAGUUCUACAAUUGCGGGCCAGAAAUGUCUCGUACACCACCAAUGCUCGAUUUUCACUCGCUCAGUUGCAACGGCUGGCUCCGUCACUUGGUUUUGAUGAUGCUGUGCUUGAAAGGACAUCACAGUCCAUUUUGCGAUGGCCUCAGCUCGGAGCGAUUGCUGCUGUUGAUUUGCGUCAGGCAAUCCGCCUGACUGGUACCCCCGUCGAGUUUCCCCUCGAGGUUCAAUUCGUUCUGCAGUGUUGUCUGGCGUGCCCAAUGUGCAACAAGGACCCUUGUGAGUGUGUGUUGCCGUGA